AUGCUGCGAGGUCAAGAGAACGACAGCAUAGGACGCACGAGCAUCGCUACGACAUCCAUUGACCUGUAUGUUGCGCUGGAUGUGUGCAAAUCCUACAUCUUGGAAGAGAUAUUCAGCCAAUUGAAGGAGAACCAAAAACCCAUCACUCGCUCCAAUGUUAAGGAGACUAUCAUGAGGGAUGAAUCACUCAGAGUCGCAUUCUUUGAGGAUGUCCUAGGAAAGCCAAAGGACUUCAAGAUCAAAUCCAAGGCAUACGCCAAUAAAUCCGCACAGGGCACUACAAAGGCCAUGUAUGAGGUAAUGCUCCAGAGAUAUCUCAAUCAUAACACCAAGGUGUCAAAGGAGGCAUAUGCUAGCAUCACAGGUCAGCUUAAGUCAUAUAUGGAUAGGGUGAUGCGUGCUGUGCUGGACAUUAGAAAGAACAGCAUCACAUUGAAGGAUUGCCUAGAAUCUUUGCACAGGACCAACCUUGCUGUAGCAAUGGCCUUCAACUACAUAACAGAAUACCACAACAACAAGACAGCAAAAGAGAUAUUGGAUGCAUUUGAACCCAAGACCCCGUGUGAAAUUGUUGUAGGAUGCAUCAAUGAGAUCGUGUUGCAAUACGCACCAAAGAAAAAACUAGAUGAUGAUUCAAUGAGGUUGAUGCAUGCCGUGUUUGAGGCAUACAUUGCUAAUAUCCUUGUUGAAUCCAGCAUGUUAGUGACAUUGCAGAAGAAGAAGACGAUCAAGAUCGAACACUACACCUGGCGCGUAGCCAUGGUGACCCAUAAACCCUAA